UCCCUCUCUGUUUCUUAGGUUGGAACAGCAGCAUGCCAAAUAGCAAGAGCUUAUGGUUUGAAGGUUUGGGGCACAGCCGGGACAGAGAAAGGAAUGAACCUAGUUUUGAAAAAUGGCGCUUGCAAAGUAUUUAAUCACAGGAAGACAGAUUACUUGGCUGAGAUUAAGGAAAUUGCUGGUGCCCAAGGCAUAGAUGUGAUAAUAGAGAUGUUAGCCAAUGUCAACCUUGCAAAUGACUUGCAACUGCUGUCAAAUGGAGGAAGAGUGAUGAUUGUGGGUAGUCGUGGCCCAGUUGAGAUAAACCCUAGGGAUACUAUGGGGAAAGAAUCAAGCAUCAGAGGAGUUCAUUUAUUUUCUGCCUCUAAGGAAGAGAUGCAUGAAUGCGCAAUGGCAGUUCUUGCGGGGAUAGAAGCUGGUUGGCUGAAACCAGUAUUGGGCCCUGAAUAUCCAAUGGAGAAAGUGGCAGAGGCUCAUAAAGACAUAAUCCACAGCAAAGGGGCUUUGGGGAAGAUGGUGCUUCUUACACGUUAAUUCUUUUUGUUAAGUUCCUCUGCAGUAAUCAUAUACAUGCUGAUUGCCGUCUUUAUGCAGUGCAUUUGAAAUGCUAUACAAAAAAGUGAUGUGGAAGUAAAACACAACAGAUACAACUGGUGUGAAUUUGCAGAACAAAUCUAAAUAUUUGUAUCAGGUUUCACGUGAUUAAAUGAUUUGCCUUUGCCUUUCUGAAAGACUGCACUGUUUCUUCUUCUAUGGGCCCUUGUAACAAUAUUUGGAUUGUACUGCUGAAUCAUGCUUUGGCUCUCUAUAUUCAUGAAAAUGCUGAAAAUAUAUUUAGGCCAAUGCAGAAAUAUCAGUAUGGCAUACCUUCUGAGAUUUACGGAUUGCAGAAUCCUGUUCCCUUAGAAACGAACAAGCAGCAGACAUGGAGCUAAUAAAUCAUUUGUUUUAUUAUCUUA